AUGGCCUUGACUGUGGAGACCGAGUCGCACAUCUAUCAAGCUUUGCGCACCGCCUCUGGGGCUGCUGCCCACCUUGUGGCCCUGGGCUUCACCAUCUUUGUGGCUGUGCUUGCCAGGCCUGGCUCCAGCCUAUUCUCCUGGCAUCCUGUGCUUAUGUCUCUUGCUUUCUCUUUCCUGAUGACUGAGGCAUUGCUGGUGUUCUCUCCGGAAAGUUCGCUGCUGCGCUCCCUCUCGAGGAAGGGUCGAGCACGCUGCCACUGGGUCCUGCAGCUGUUGGCCCUGCUAUGUGCACUGCUGGGCCUGGGUCUCGUUGUUCUCCACAAGGAGCAGCAGAGCAAAGCCCACUUGGCUACAUGGCAUGGACGGGCAGGGCUGCUGGCUGUGCUGUGGGCCGGGCUGCAGUGCUCAGGUGGGGUGGGGCUUCUCUACCCCAAGCUGCUGCCCCGGUGGCCCCUGGCCAAGCUCAAGCUGUACCACGCUACUUCAGGGCUGGUGGGCUACCUUCUGGGUAGUGCCAGCCUCUUGCUGGGCAUGUGCUCACUGUGGUUCACUGCCACAGUCACUGGUGGGGCCUGGUACCUGGCUGUGCUAUGUCCUGUCCUUACCAGCCUUGUCAUCAUGAACCAGGUAAGCAAUGCCUACCUGUAUCGCAAGAGGAUCCAGCCAUGA